AUGCUGGUCCAGCGGGUAAGUUGUCAGCUGGAAAUGGAGCACCGAAACCGUCUCUUUGCUGCAGCAACACUGCUUCUUCUGAGUCUGGAGAGCGGCGCUCUACUGUUAGCAACGCCUAGGGACGAAAGCCGAGUCCUGAAUAGUGACGGUCGUCGACAAACCACCAGUGACUGUCCCAGUUACUUUCCGGGAGUGAGUCCCAACUCUAGACCGCUGGUUGGCUGCAGAACAGGUCCUGCCAUCGGGAAUGUGGACCACGUACAAGCCUUUGGUUUCGAAGGCUCCAAUGUGGACCUGAGAUCGUGCGACCUACCGGAGUACCCCGAGACCAAGUAA